AUGCUGAAACUAAAAUUGGAAGCCUUGGGUCAUCCCACACCCAGUGACGUCGCUUUGAGCAAUCGAAAGGGCUUCGCUAGCACAAUCCUCUGGGUGGAGGACCAGAAAAUCCGGUUAUACACCAUUGAGGAUCGAGAGAAGCUGCGCAAUAUCGAGAAUCCCACGUUGUGGGAGGAGGGCUACAAGAAGUACUGUGCGGAUCUCAACAUGCCGCCCCUGGAGACCCAACAGGAGCAGCUGGCCUGGAUUCUCAGUCACGCCGUCCGUCUCGAGUUCCUGGACGAUCCCGGCCAGUUUGCCUCGAUCAACAGCAAACAGGGUCCACCCCAAAGCAAUGGCAAGCAGGCCCACCAGAAGGUCCAAUCGAUUUUCGAUGGAAAGAUCAAUGUUCAGGAAAAGGCGUUUGUGGAUGCGGUGCGUCUGCUGGCCAGCAAACUAAACGUGCCGCACCACCCCAACCACCUGCUGCAGCUGGAGGCAGUUUCUAGAGUGGUGCACGAACGCUUGUCGCCCGCCGCCAAGGGCCGCCAGCCCAUUUUGGGUACACCCUUCCCUUUUGACAAGGGAAACGACGUGGUCUCGUCCAAUGAUCCUUGCCUGGAUCUGCCAAUGCGCAUCCUACGCCUUCUUCAGAUCCAGAGUCUUCGCCAGCUGCAAACGCACAUCAACGAAACCAUUGUGGCGGUGCAAAACAUCACGGCCAAUCCAAAGACUGAUACCAAGUUGGGCAAGGUGGGACGCUAG